UUCUCUUUUUUGGAUCAGUUUCUUCAACAUAUAGGCAAGGAGUCAAGCACCUCCCUAGCAGAAAGAUUAAAAAAGAAAUUAACAGUUCCAAGAAGUACGCAGUUCUAGAUAUUUUUCUGAUUUAUCUAGUGAAUGGGGUUGAGGAGUUUGUUGCAUUUGCUAAAAGACAUCCAAAAUGCAUGGAUGGUGAAAAGCUAAGAUGUCCUUGUAAUCAUCGCAAGUGUCGAAAUAAAAAUAUUUUGGAUGAGUUUACAAUUAUGACACAUCUUGGGACGUACGGCUUUAAACCGAAUUAUUAUCGUUGGUAUCACCAUGGAGAAAGUUAUAUGCCACAUCCAACUGUACUUAGUGAUCAUCAAGAAGAAACUUUUGGUGAAACUAUAAACUCUCAAUCUCAUAAUGCAUUUCAGUCUAUGGUUUUUGAUGUUGGUGGGCCUUCUUUUGAUGGUAAUAUAGAAGAGGAACCAAAUCCAACCAUGCAAAAUCUUUAUAAUAUGCUCAAAGCAUCAGAACAGGAAAUUUGGCCGGGAAACCCACACGGACAUUCGCAGUUGUCUGUCGUUGCUUGGCUUUUGAAUCUAAAGGCAGAACAUCAUUUUUCUGAAAAGUUGUACGAUGAGUCAUGUCAAUUUAUAUCAGAACUAAUGCCAAAUGAUAACAUAAUGCCAGAUAGCUUUUAUAGUACCAAAAAGCUAAUGCGAGGGUUGGGCUUACCAGUAGAGAAGAUCGACUGUUGCAAAAAUGGUUGUAUGAUUUAUUGGCGUGAAGAUAGCGAACUUGUCAAUUUCAAGUUUUGUGCCCACCCUCGGUUCAAGAGAUCAAAAUAUCAACAAUACAAGGAGAAAACUAAUAUUUCUUAUAAGAAGAUGUAUUAUUUUCCUUUAACUCCGCGUCUACAAAGAUUGUAUGCAUCGAAUGUUACUGCAAAGCAUAUGAGGUGGCAUUCUGAGCAUGAAACAGAUGGUGUCAUGCGUGAUCCCUCAGACUCUCCUGCUUGGAAGCAUUUUGAUCAAACACAACCAAGUUUUGCAUCUGAAGUGAGAAAUGUCAGAUUGGGAUUGUCCACUGAUGGGUUUAAUCCAUUUGGUCAAUCAGGCCAACAAUAUUCUUCUUGGCCUGUCAUAGUCACGCCAUAUAAUUUGCCACCUUGGAUGUUCAUGAAGGAUGAAUACAUGUUUUUAUCUGUGAUUAUACCUGGUCCAAAAAAUCUAAAACAGAAAACUGAUGUCUUCUUACAACCCCUCAUUGAAGAGUUAAAAAAUUUGUGGGAGGAGGGGGCACAAACAUAUGAUAUUUCAAGUAAGAAUAAUUUUAAAAUGGAAGUUGCAUUGAUGUGGACAAUAAGUGAUUUUCCAGCGUAUUCAAUGUUGUCGGGAUGGAGUACAGCGGGAAAAUUAGCUUGUCCUUAUUGCAUGACAGACUCAGAUGCUUUUACACUAUCCAAUGGUGGAAAGACCUUGUGGUUUGACAAUCACAGAAAAUUCUUACCAUCAGGUCAUCCGUAGCGAAGGAACAAAAGGUGGUUCAAGAAGGGUCAAGCAGUACAUAAGAUUGUAUGUACUGAACAAUCGGGUUUACAAAUAUUUAGGGAGAUUGAGGAUUUGGGGCUCAAGAAAGUCACAGAACUUGGUUCUGAAGCGAUAAAUGAAAGAAUCGCAAAGAAUAGUUUAUGUGGUUGGAAGAAAAGAAGUAUAUUUUGGGACUUGACUUACUGGAAAACAAAUCUUAUUAGGCAUAACUUUGAUGUGAUGCACAUCGAGAAAAACGUGUUUGAUAAUAUUUUUAACACGGUGAUGAAUGUCAAGGGAAAACAAAGGACAAUGCCAAAUCUAGAGCAGAUUUGAAAAUAUUUUGUCAUCGCCCAGAGUUGCAUCAAGAUGAAAGUAGCAAAAAGUAUCCUAAAGCUUGUUAUAUGUUAGAAAAGAAUGCAAAAGAAGUGCUUUGUAAGUGGUUGCAAGAGUUGAUAUUUCCCGGUGGCUAUGUGUCUAACAUGGGUAG